AUGUUGGCUGUGCCGGUCUCCACGCUUAAUCUGCCUGGUUCACCUGGCGGCUGGCACCCCUACUUCGGGCGGAAGCCUCGCGGCCCCUCCGAGGGCUUUUGUUCAGCAGAAGCCGCUUCCGCCCGUCCCUCCCGGGAGGGUCGAGGAGGUGCCGGAAGUGACGGCUGCUGGGCCGCCACGCGGGCCGAACUCUCGGCGCGGAGCCGUCGUGUCCCCGCCCACUGUACGGGUGCCGCGGAGGGACAGCCGCGGGCGUCUCGCGAACCCCCAGCCCGCUCGCCGCCCGGCAUGGAGCCGUGCGGAGGAGACGGACAGAGGCGGCGCCUGGAGGAGGCGCGGACAGAAUUGUUGGACUCUGAGUUCUGGAACUCCAGUCUGAGAACCCUCUUAAGAUCCCUGCGAGAAGUCCAGGCAUGCUGGAAAGAGAUGCCUGUGCCCACCGGGGAAGAUGCCCUCUUGGCCUUGGCAGAGAUGCAGCUGUGCCCGUCGGCCCUUCUGCCUGGAAGAGCGUGCUUGCGGUGUGUGUGUUACGGCCUGGGCAACUUCGCUUCUUGCGUCAAAGCCCGCUUCCAGCUGGCCUUCCUGCUGCUGCUGCUGAAGGAGCUCCAGAUUCCCGAGGAGUGGUGUUGCGUCUUCGAUCCCGCUUUCUCCGAGCUGGAGAGGGAAGCGCUCCACCGCCUUGGCCUCUCCGUUCUCCCGCAGAAUGAGGAGGGGAAGCGGGCCAUAGCUGAGCCCACGGUUUUCUACAUGAUCCACUGUGGGAAGGCGCUCUACAACAACCUGCUGUGGAGCAACUGGUCAGCAGAGGCCUUGUCCAAAAUGGUCAUCAUAGGCAACAGUUUCAAGGGGAUUGAAGAAAGGGUGCCGAGCAGGAUACUCCAAACAGAUUAUGCUUACAUUGCAAAGAUUUUAACAGCCACUGAAGAAGAAGCCCUCCCUCCUCAUGCCCAGUAUCUGGAUGUGUUCAACGACACCGCUGUCCACUGCUUCCCUUGGCACAAACUGAGGGAGGUGCCCCAAGAGACUUGGAACUUUCAGGAGGAACCAGUUUACCAUGCCGAGGAUCAGUUAGAGUUCAUCAGAAAAAAUGACGUGAUUUAG